GUGGAGGCUGUAUAGAAGGAUGCUGCUUGGGUAGUUCUCUGCUCCUAUCUGGGCUGGACUCCAGCAGGCCCCAGAGAUGGCUGUCUCCCUGGGAGGGAUUCCAAGCGAGGUGCAAGAAAGCAUCACAGCCUUCCUGGGGACAAAGGAAGUUGUCCUGGUCAAGAGUGUCCAGCUGCAGAUCAAAUCCAAGUAUGAAGACUACAUCAUGGUCCUAACCCCUUGGAGGGCAUAUGUGCUGCAAGUAAUACUCCCAAUCAGGGUGCAGAGCAGCUUCAGCUUCCUGGAGGUGCGAGAGAUUGUAGUCCGCGAGCCUAGCCUGGUUGUCAUAGAAACCGAUACAUCUUCUUAUGCCUUUAGGCUGAUGUCAUUUGAUGAUUUGGAGCAGAUUGUCAUCCACGUCACCAUGUCGCUUAAAAAGGUCUUUCCAGAUUCUUCACCUGGGAAACUGCUCAAGAAUUCUCCCCCCAAUUUGUAUGAGAGAAUCCGAAAGACGACAGAAUCCCUAGAGGAAAUGCUGCAGAACAACCAAGGGCCUUGUGGUGGGUUUUCGGAGACGUAUGCUGCUUUAUGUGAUUACAACGGCUUUGCCUUCAGGGAGGAGAUCCAGUGGGAUGUGGACAAUAUUUACAACAGCCAAGACUGCCGAGAGUUCAACCUGUUGGACUUUAGCCACCUUGAGAGCAGGCACCCUCUCCAUAACUCCACUCAUUGUUCUAUCCCUUUGUCCUACUGCAGAGAUGUUGCCCUUAGUGUUGCCGCAUUGUCCUUCAACCUGUGGUUCACAAAGCUGUACUGUAAGGACUUCAGGCUGAAUCUGGAGAUUUCUGAACAGCUGCUGUAUAUGCUCAGCAAAUCGAUGACACUGGAAGAGUUGGUACUGGAAAACAGUGGGUUAAAAUAUGAAUUUGCUCAGAGGAUGGCCCAGGCAUUAAGCAGGCACCCAGACUCUGCUCUUAGCACAAUCAGUCUAGCUGGCAACCAGUUGGAGGACAGAGGGAUAAUUGCUUUCAGCCGGCACUUGGAGAAACGGUCAAAGGGCCUGCAGAGCCUGAACUUCUCCAGGACCUCGCUGACUGCAAAAGGAAUGAAUACUUUAUGCCAGUCCCUUGCAGCAAAUGGAGUCUUCAGUACUUCCCUUUAUCACCUGGAUCUCUCUGGAAAUCCUGGCAUUCUUGCCACAGAGGAUGCUAGCAGUUUGCAUAGUUUCCUCAGCUGCUCCAACUCAUUAUCUCACCUUAACCUGUCUGGGACAGACUGUGCUUUGGAUGCACUUCUUGCAGCAUUAGCUGAGGGAUGCCGUGCUAACCUUGUGCAUCUGGAUCUCUCCAAAAACAUCUAUUCACACAAAAGGGUGAAAGAUGUCACUCCUGCUAUCAAGCAAUUCUUCAGCAACGCCUCCGUCCUCAAGUAUGUUUCAUUAGCAGGAACCAAGCUGCCUCCAGAUGUUCUCCGGGCCUUGCUCCAGGGUCUGGCAUAUAACAGUCAGAUCAGUGACCUGCACCUGGACCUUAGUAACUGUGAGCUGAGAUCUGCAGGUGCCCAGGUGAUCCAGGAUCUGAUUUUUGAUGCCAAUUCAAUUAGUGAUUUGGAUUUAUCAGACAAUGGUUUUGAUUCUGAUAUGGUCACUUUGGUGCUGUCUAUUGGGAGAAGCAAAUCCAUUAGGCAUGUCUCUUUAGGAAAGAAUUUUAGCAUCAAAUCCAAGGACAGUCUUGCUGAUGUUCUUCACCGGAUUGUUCAGCUCACACAGGAGGAUGAUUGUCCUCUUCAGUCCCUGUCAGUAGCUGACUCACGGCUGAAAUCAGGAACCAAUGUCCUUCUGAGUGCUCUGGGCAGUAAUACUAGCCUUACCAAGUUGGACAUCAGCGGGAACACAAUGGGUGACACAGGAGCCAGGAUGCUAGCCAAAGCCCUGCAGAUCAACACAAAGCUCAGGACAGUCAUUUGGGACAGAAACAACACAACGGCAAAUGGUUUCCUUGAUGUUGCGCAUGCUUUGGAAAGGAAUUACACCCUGAAGUCCAUGCCUUUGCCAAUGAGUGAUGUGAUGCAAGCAUAUCGGAACAAUCCAGAAAAAACAGAAGAAGCGGUGCACAAGAUACAAUCUUGCCUAAUGAGGAACCAGAUGCGGCGAGCCCUGCCCAAGCAAACCUUUCGGCUGCAGCAGGGGAUUGUGACCAGCUCAUCCGAACAGAUGGUGAAUGAGUUGUGCCUCAGUGUACAGAAGCACAUCGAUGUUCUGAACUCAUGCCUGGGGAGAGAGGUGGAAGCUGAUAUCCUCUGUGCAGAGGAAUCCAUUAAGAAUGCAAACCAUUCCAUCAGUAUCUUGCCACUCUUAUAUGAGGCAGGAGAUGCUCCCUACCAGAAUGGUAAACUGCAGCAUAAAUUGGAAAGCCUUACAGAAGAAGCCUUGCAGGCCUGCAGCCGUGAGAUUCAGGUGCUGAUGCAGGCCACACUGGAUACCACACAGAAUCUGUGUCCCAAAAUCCUGCAGAAAAGUGGCAUUCGGGAUCAGCUGAUCAACGCAAUGUCUGAAAGGGUCAUUCUUCAGGACCACCUCAACCUGAGCGUCAUCCUAGACCAACUGGUCACUGAUGUGUUCAACAAGCUAAAUGAGAUCAAGCUGUCUGUCACUGCAGCUGUGGCGGACAGGAUAAUCGACGAGGUUCUGGAGGACUUGACUAUAGCUCAGUGCAAGCUGGCAGAAAGUCUCCCAAGACACUCUCAGGAUCUUCAGUUGCUGCAGACAGAUAUUAUGGAGGAGGAUAAUGUCCUGCUAAUGAAGAGCAGGAAUCUGCUGGAGUUGGCUGAGAAAGGCUUUGCAGUGGAGGAGUGCAAGAUGGCUCUGCGAAGGAAAAACAAGCACUUCAGAAGCAUCCGGCCAACGCCUGCCAUGAGAAGUCUCUCGGAGCUCAAUCUUCAGGCAGAGGCAGAAGAUAACGAGACUGGAACUCACCAGGCUCUGCUGUCAGUCAGCUGUGCCUCUGUGAAGUCACGCCCUGCCUCCACAAAGGAUGCUGAGGCUGGAAGCAGUUUGCUUCCUUGCACAGAGCUUGCAUCCACACAAUCCCUUAUGGACCUGCCAACUGAGGGAGAGAAACUGGAGCAUUAUACCCGAACUAGGCCCAGGCCCAACCGCAGAAACAAGCAGCCUCCAAGCAAGCCAAAUGUCCAGCCAGUCUCCUGUGACAAUGAUGAGGAUAGGAGCAUUACUAGAGUGGAUGAAGGGCUAGACGAGUUCUUCACCAAGAAGUUGAUCCAAGAGGAAUUGCCCCGAGCUGCACUGGAAAUCUGCCCAGAUUCAGCUCCUCUCACAUCCUCUGGCUCCCGGACCUUCAAGAAGAAAAUAGGAAACUUCUUUGCAUUCAAGAAGCCCAAGUCCACCAGGGUCUCCAAGUGUGAGAAGGAACCUGAGGGGAGCCCAGUGGCAGCCAAAGGCAGGAAGUCUAUGCUGAGUGACAUUUUAAGGUCUUCGAGUAAGGCAGGGGAAGCUGCCAAGCCCCUGAGCAAAUCUGAAGAGGGUGGGUUGGCUGUGGAGCCCAGAGCCGAUACAGAACACAGCCAGACCCCCGAUGCUGCCCGCAGGAUCAGGCCCAAGUAUUCCAGAGAAGGCAAAUCACAGUCACUCAUACUCCUAUCUGGGGAGGAUGAGGAGGUGCUAGGAGUGAAACAUGAAAAGAAAAGGCACUUUGAGAAGAGUGAUGGAGAGAUCCCCAACUCCUUUGAGCAGCGAGUCCAUGUCAUGCUCCACCGCAUUGGGGUCACCAAGGUUCUGUCCUCUGAGGGCAAGAAGAAGCAGAAUAAAGAUGGUGAGAUCAAGAAGGCUGGUUCAGAUGGUGACAUUGUGGACAGCUCUGCGGACUCUCCUCCCCCCUCCCUGAAAUCACGAACUCACUCCGUAUCAACAGAUGCCUCUUUGCGAAGUCGCCCUGCUGACACCUUGGGCCGAGCAGCAGUAGUGGAGCAGGGCAGUGUGCCCAGCGAGACAAGGCUGACCUGGAAGGCCUUGGGGAAGCAACUAAAUGCUGAGCUCAAGGGCAAGUGUUCUGAACUCCAUUCUCCCUCCAGGAGGCCCUUUGUCAUCCAAGAGCAGAGCAGCCCCACAGAGAAGCAGUCCAGGGAGACCUGGAGCAGCAGCUUGCCCAGGACUGGAAGGAGCCCUCCAGUGCCUUCACCAAGGAGAAUUAGCAAUUCAGGAGACGCCAGGGCAACCUCUGAACUGUUGAGUUCACCUGCAGCUGUAGACACAAUUGCUGAAGACAAUCAACUGAAACUCAAACCUCCUCUGAAAAACAUGGCCAACAGGAGAGCCAUUUCGGUUCAUGAAGAACAGCUCAGGGACCAAGACUGCAUGGCUGAACUAGAGAAUGUAACAAUCCCUCUUCGUUUGCGGCGCUCCCCUGUAUUCAAACGGAGGAAUAAACCUGAGGCCACAGCAGACACUGAGACAAAUAGUGAGCUCGCCUCCCAGCCUGAACCUCAGAGCACUCUGAAACAGGAACCACAUGGUGCCAGGGGACCUAUGGAGGAGCUGCACCUCAAGCCCGGAGCAGAAACAGCAAAGGACCUGUUGCAAGUCAUGGAAGAGACUAUUGAGAAUGCACACAACAUAGCCAUAGACCAAAGAACUGCGGCACUGGGAUCAAAAGCACCCACCCAGGGCCAGUGAGCUAGCGGAUGCCACUGCACGCGAUCAUUUCCAAUACAACACUGCGAAUGAGUGCAAGAGGAACGUCCAUGUUUUGCAAGAACUACUCGGCUAUCUAUGCUGCAUAGACAGGACAGCAGAGAAAUACUGGAGGGGGCCCCAGGACUGCUCUACAUCCCACCAUUGCUCCUGGUUUUUAACGUCAGUGCUUCCUAUGGAAACAGUGACAGAAAGUAGCUUGCCCGCCCCCUUGGGGCUGCUGAGAAUUCCUGAUCGAUCAGAGGUGGACCAUCCCUUGCCACCUUUCACCAUUAUCCAUGCUUUCCACACAAGUGCCCAGGUGGUUUCACACUCCAGAUGGCUAAACCAAAACGCCAAAGGCAACCGCCUGGGUUUGCAAUCACCCUGAUCCAUUUCCUCUAGCAGCUGUAUGUUUGGAUGCAUGCUCAGCUGUAAGUAUUUGGCAAUAAUAGCCAUGGGACAGUAGCUUGCUUGUGUACAUGCACAGGAGCUUUCAUUGUAUUGUACUGGCAAGUAUUGACAACAUUUGCACUAUGCUGCACUGGGGAUGGGGGGUGGUAAGGACGAGAGCAGCUAUGUGAUGAAAUCCAAGCUGCUUACUACAUGGGGAUCUGACAAACUGGAAUCUUGCCUAUGGGCCAGCUCAAGUCAGUCCCCUCAAACUAACAGAAUGGGCAGGUCCAGCCAGUUAAACUUAUCUCUCUGCAAGCUGCAGGCCCAGUCAGUUAGCUUCUACCCAACCAGAGCAUCCACAGCAAUGGCUGUCUUGCCGGGAGAAGGCAAAGACUGGUCUGGGAGUGAUGGGACCUUGUGGCCAAGUAUGUGGCCCUCCAGUGUGGCAGGCUGAAAAUUGUGUGGCAGCUUUCAGCCAGCUAAAAGUAAUAGAGCUGUUGAUUAAUUAAAUUAGAACAUGAACUGAUCCAAGUGA